AUGCCCAACAAGACUCCAGACUAUGAUGCCAUUGUCAUUGGCGCAGGCUUCAGUGGUGUCAGAUCGCUAUGGGAACUUGAUCGACUAGGUUUGACCGCAAAGUGCUUCGACAACGCGUCAGAUGUAGGAGGCACAUGGUGCUGGAAUCGCUAUCCUGGAUGUCGAACCGAUGGAGAGGCUUGGGUCUACGCCUUGAAGUUCUUGCCAGAGCUGCUGGAAGAGUGGUACUUUACUGAACGCUAUCCCACCCAAGAAGAGCUCCAAUGGUACUUGGGCCGUAUCAUUGACCGUUACGACUUACGCAAAAACAUAGAAUUCGACACACAAGUUGAAUCAGCGCACUACAGCGACAGCGACAGUCUCUGGACCAUCACCACUGCAACCGGAGGUGUGGCCACCUCUCGAUACUUCCUCGCUGCCACAGGCAUUGUAUCAAUUCCCAAGGAGCCGUCAUUCCCCGGGCUUAAGUCUUUCAAAGGAGAAGUGUAUCAAGCAUCUACUUGGCCAGAGCAUGGGGUAGACUUCCGCAACAAGCGCGUCGGUGUAGUCGGCACAGGGUCAAGCGGCAUCCAAAUAAUCACCAAGAUUGCCCCGGCCGCGAAACAAUUGGCCGUCUUUCAACGAACACCUAAUUACGUUCUCGCGGCGCGAAACUAUGCCCUCGACGAGUACCAAACGGAAGAAGUCAAGAAAAACUUCGAUGCGGUUUGGGAAAUCGCUAAAGUCAACUUAGCUGGUCACGCAGUGAAGCACUCUGGGAGAACUGUCGCGGGUGUUGGUGACCCCGAACAGAUUCGACGUAUUUUUGAUAAUGGCUGGGAACGUGGUUGUUUCGAUUUCCAGCUUGGUACAUUUGAUGAUUGUUUCGUGGAUCCGGAUGCCAACAAGGUUGCAUCAGACUAUAUCCGUGACAAGAUUCAUGCAAUCGUCCAGGACCCAGAUACCGCUGAUCUCCUAUGCCCGCACUAUCCCUUUGGUGCAAGACGUCCACCUGCCGGUGAUGGAUAUUAUCAGGCUUUCAAUCGACCAAAUGUCAAGCUAGUUGACGUCAGCAAAGAUGAGAUUGAUAUGUCCGAGAAUGGUAUCAAGACCGCUUCUGGAGCAGAAUACGAGCUUGACAUCAUCAUCUUGGCGCUAGGUUUCGAUGCCGGCACUGGUGCAAUGAACAAGAUAGACAUUAGAGGCAGCCAAAACAAGUCACUGCGUGACACUUGGACUCAGAGGCUAGGAACAUUCGCUGGUGUCCUGGUCCAUGACUUUCCAAACAUGUUCAUAGUCUGCGGUCCUCAUUUGCCUGCAGGAAACAUGCCGGUCAGUUUAGAAGUAUCAGCAAACUGGAUCGGCAAAACCAUUGAGCAUAUGGAGGAGAACAAACUUGCCAAGAUUAACGUGUCUAAGGAGGCUAUGAAUGCGUGGACCACCCACGUCGAGGAACUAUGGGCUAGCACGUUCCUAUCGCAACACGCUCAUGAGCAAGGUUCCUGGUUCGUCGGCACCAACAUUCCAGGGAAGCAGUCAAAGAUCAUGUUUUACUUUGGUGGAAUGGUGAACUUGGAGCCUUGGCUCACCAAGGAACUUGAAUCUAAGUGGUCAAGCAUGGAGUUUACGCCUCUCGAUAGGGCUGAGAAGGCCAGCAACGGCAUUGGGAACAAAAAUAGCACAGUUGGUGGUAUCCAUGUUACAGCUGAGAUGUUGGAGUCUAUUAAAACACCCUUGCAAUCCGACGAAGUUGGUAUGACCCCGACGGAGAAGUUCAACCUUUCCUCUGCUGCUACUGCUCGUUACGUGGACUUGGCUGUCAAGGAGAUGCGUAGUCGCGGAUUGAGUCCCAAGCAAGAUUAUCGGCUUCACUGGUGGAAAGUUUUGCAAGACUUUGCUGAUUCUGAGGAGGGACAAAAACUCGUUCAGGAAGCACCCAUUACUAAAGAAGGGCUCCAGAGCUUGACCUCUAAACUAGGGAUUGAGGGCGAGGCUAUUGCGAGAAUGGGCCCUGAUAUUGUUAACCUUCUGACAGGCAAAACUCAUCCACUUGCCCAUAUCACGAGAGAUAACUUGCUCUUCCGCAUAUACCUCUCUGAUGAAGGUGCGCGAUCUAAUCGCUACCUAGCCGAAUAUGCCAAAAAGCUCACCUCCCAGAAAAAGAACGUCAGGAUUCUGGAAAUCGGCGCUGGAACAGGAGGCACAACUUUCCAGGUUCUCAGUCAAUGCAGUACCAACGGCGAGCCGUUCUGUGCUCAAUACAUGUACACCGACCUCUCGCCAGGGUUCUUCGGUACAGGCGAAACAACACUGAAGAAAUGGAAGCCUCUUUUAACCUUCAAGAUUUUGAACGUUGAAGACGAUCCGGUGAAGCAAGGUUUCGAGGAGCACUCCUACGACUUGAUCUUCGCCGCGAACGUCAUUCAUGCCACCAAAUCUCUAACCAAGUCGUUGAGCUCUAUUCACAAAUUGCUAAAGCCCGGCGGUGUCCUUGGUCUUGUAGAGCUCACUAGAUUAACUCCUUUCUAUAACCUUAUAUUUGGCCCGCUUGCUGGGUGGUGGGCAGGCGUGGAAGAGGGGAGAAUUGAGAGCCCCUUGCAGUCUCCUGAGCAGUGGGAUGAACUGCUCAAGAAGGCUGGGUUCUCUGGUGUUGAUUUGGCUGCAUAUGAUCUUCCCGAACCUGAAAGACAUAGUGCUUUGAUGCUGUCCACUGCUUUGGUCAAUCCUACUACCAAUGGGAAUUAG